UAUCUUCUUCAUGAUAUAAAGGAAUGGCUUCCUCAUACUAUUCAGUACUUACAGUGAACGACGCUGUUACUCCUUCUACUGUUCCUGGAAUGAUGAAGAACUCGUUUAAAACAAUGAUACUCUUAGUAUACUUGACAAUUCAGAGCAACGCGACGGAGACUUCCACAUACACGACCAAAUAUGAUGGCAUCGAUCUUGACGAAAUACUAGACAAUGACCGUCUGCUGACUGGGUAUGUCAACUGUCUGAUGGAUCUUGGUCCUUGCACGGCUGAUGGAAAGGAAUUGAAAAAAAACCUUCCGGAUGCUAUCGAGAAUGACUGUAAGAAGUGCACUGAGAGACAGCGUGAGGGAGCCGACCGUGUCUGUCAUUACCUCAUUGACAAUAGACCUGAAGACUGGACCAAACUUGAGGAGAAAUACAAAUCUGAUGGAAGCUAUAGAGCUAAAUAUUUAGCCAGUAAGCAGACUAAGGAUGAGAAGGAAUCAAAUGCCACAAAAUCCAGUGAAGAUACAAAUAAUGUAUCUAAAGAAUAAAUCUGACAGAAACCACCUGACGACGAUGAACCAGCAACUCGCAAAGGAUUAAAUGAUAAUGAUUUUAUGGAUGCCGCUAAUAUUACUAAAUAAAUGAUGAGUUCAGC